AUGCAUCUGUUCUGCACCUGCAUCCUAUCCUUCUCCCUGAUGAUUGCGUCCCCCCUGGUGAGCGCCACUGUGUCAAACAGCUUCAGAGACUGCAGCCAUUUUUUCUACAUGCAGACACCACCUGCAGGGAUCAGAGGAACCGGCCUGAGGAGGAUCUGCCAGAAGUACGCAGACAAACUGUGCUACGCCACACUGUAUGACAGCAGUCGCCGCCUCCCUCUGUACUCAGCCUACAUCUUUAAGAAGUCUGAUGGGAAGAGGAGGAUGGACACCCCCUGGAUGUAUGAGCCUCAGUUGCUCUCUGAUGACGAGGGUGGAAACAUGAGAACACUUCCCCUUGCUGAAGACACGCCCCCUCUGAUUGAGGACAGCCAGGCUGUGUUGGGAGACUACACAGAUGCUGUAGACUACAGACGUGGCCCUCUGAAUCCUGACUUGCACCAAGCUGAGCCAGAUGACAAAUCCUCCACCUAUACCCUGACCAAUGUAGUCCCAUUAAUCACAGACUUCCUGGAUACCUCCUGGAACCCAUACUUGGACACCAUUCGCCAGCGCCUCAAUAACUUCUGCCAUGGCAAAUCUUUCAUGGUGACAGGGGUGACUCUUUCAGGGGCGAACAUCCAGCGAGAUAACAGGGACCGCCUAGCAAUCCCAAAACACUUAUGGCUGGCGUACUGCUGCCCACGGUUUGACCGCAACUCACCGUAUGAGGUGAGGUUUAUGUUCCCUAGUUAUGGGGGCUAUGCACUGAAUGAACAGACUGGCCACAGUGUGGUGGAGGUCCCUCUGAAGACUCUGGAGAGCUUCCUGAAGAGCCAGACAUACACAGAUAGUGACAUGACUAUUUUCUAUAAGGGCUGUGUGUCUGAAAACCUCUUCAAGAAGAAGAGGAGAGACCUGAGCAGUGUUUCAGUCUGAAUGAACAACUACAUUAACAGCAUGGACAAGACUUAACUGUAU